AUGCCGCCCACCGCGCUCCUCUCCCACCUUCCCUCCUCGUCAAGACGCAGCACAAUGGGCACCUCCAAGGGUGAAAAGAAGCACCUCACUGCGGAGCCCGGGAACGAUGUGCCCACCCCCCAAAAACUUUGGUUUAAAGGUGGUGAUAGUGGACUGGAUGGGUUAGGAGGACCAGGUGUACAACUAGGAAGUCCAGAUAAGAAAAAACGUAAGACAAAUACACAGGGGUCUGCUUUUCCUCCAUUAUCUGAGUACGCUCCACCACCAAAUCCAAACUCUGACCAUUUAGUGGCUGCUAAUCCGUUUGAUGACAACUAUAAUACUAUUUCCUAUAAACCACUACCUUCAUCAAAUCCCUAUCUUGGCCCUGGUUAUCCAGCCUUUGGAGGCUAUAGCACGUUCAGAAUGCCACCUCACGUUCCCCCAAGAAUGUCUUCCCCAUACUGUAGUCCGUACUCACUCAGGAAUCAGCCACACCCAUUUCCUCAGAAUCCUUUGGGCAUGGGUUUUAAUCGACCUCAUGCUUUUAACUUUGGGCCACAUGAUAAUUCAAGUUUUGGAAACCCAUCUUAUAAUAAUGCGCUAAGUCAGAAUGUUAACAUGCCUAAUCAACAUUUUAGACAAAAUCCUGUUGAAAACUUCAGUCAGAUUCCUCCACAGAAUGCUAGCCAAGUAUCUAACCCUGAGUUGGCAUCUAAUUUUGUCCCUGGAAAUAAUUCAAAUUUUACUUCUACAUUAGAAUCUAAUCAUUCUUUUAUUCCUCCCCCAAACACGUUUGGCCAAAAAGCACCACCCCCAAAACAAGAUUUCAGUCAAGGAACAACCAAAAACACAAACCAAAAUUCCUCUGCUCAUCCACCUCACUUAAAUAUGGAUGACACAGUGAAUCAGAGUAAUAUUGAAUUAAAAAAUGCUAAUCGCAACAAUGCAGUAAAUCAAGAGAACAGCCGUUCCAGUAGUACUGAAGCUACAAACAACAACCAUGCAAAUGGGACACAGAAUAAGCCACGACAACCUAGAGGUGCAGCAGAUGCAUGUGCCACUGAAAAAAGCAAUAAAUCCUCUCUCCACCCAAGUCGUCAUGGUCAUUCAUCUUCUGACCCAGUGUAUCCUUGUGGAAUUUGUACGAAUGAAGUGAAUGAUGAUCAGGAUGCCAUUUUAUGUGAAGCUUCUUGUCAAAAAUGGUUUCAUCGAAUCUGCACUGGAAUGACUGAAACAGCGUAUGGCCUUCUCACUGCAGAAGCAUCAGCAGUAUGGGGCUGUGAUACAUGUAUGGCUGACAAAGAUGUCCAGUUAAUGCGCACUAGGGAAACUUUUGGUCCACCUACUGUGGGCAGUGAUGCUUAA